AUGGACACAGCAGACUCCACGUCUGAUGAGCUCCUUGUCAGAGGCAAAAGUGGGCAAGAUCUCCAAGAGAUGCUGAGAGAAGUAGGACUGGCAGUUGAGUACUGGUUGCCAAAGCUGCAGGAACACCUGGGUGUGACCUGUGCUCAGGCCUUACAACACAUUCAAGAAGAACACCUUCAGAAGCUGAAAUCCCAGGCACAACAUCCCUGGGAGAAAAGGGCUCUGGAGAAGCUACUUAACUCAAAUAGGCUUUCAAAGUUACAGGAGUCUCAGGUGAAAAUGAGAAAGGAACAACAGAAGAAGGCAGAACAGGCACCGCAGGGGCUAAGAGACUUGCAAUCAGAAGGGAGGAAAGGACAAGAAGAGGCAGGGAGGAUAAAAGAGGCAGAGCUGAGGCAGGCAAUGGAGAUUCCCAAAGAGUGCUGGCCACUGCCCGAAAAAUCCUUAAGAGAAGUGAUGAAACACGUGCAGGGACAACUCAACCCCAUGGAGGCCACACUGUCUCACAGGCAAAACCUCCCAGAUAGAGAUCUCGUGAGAUGGGCAUCUGGAGGGCUGGCCCUGCAGGGAAUUUACAAAACCAGCUACCAAAAAGACCUUGUACAGAAGAGAGAAGAGCUACUCAGUGUCCCCAAGGAGUUAUUGUUCUUAGGCCCUGGGCACAGCACAUGGAUGGAAACCAGGGAAUUUACAUCUUCUCAAGAAGAAUCCAAGUUCACCCAGAUGACAGAGAAGCUGGGCUUCAGUGUAAUUGCCUCAGCCAAGGGCGGAGGUUGGGGAUUUAGCGUGGAAGCUGGUAUGGACCACAGCAAACAUUCAGAAUCCAAGGAAAACCAACAAUCACAUUCUGAACACUCCUAUUUCUGCUCUACCAAGUUCAGCUAUGUCCCACUUGCCUCCUGCCACUUUCCCAUGGAUCAGCUCCAGUUCUCCAAGGCUGCUCUCCAGGAACUGAAAUGCAUUGAAGACCUUCUGAGUCAGUCUGCAGACACAGACAGACUCCCCGUGCUGAGGCGCAGUACUGAAGCUUUCUUCCACAGGUUUGGCUCUCAUGCCAACCAGGGCCCACUACACCUGGGAGGAAUCUACUGGUGGAAAGCCAUAUCAGAGGGCUUCCGAAGUGAGCAGCUGGCACAAGUAAAACAGCAGUCAGCAGAGGCCCUGAAUGGUUAUAUAAGGGGUAGCUAUAGCUGCUUUAGCGUGAAAGUUGCUGCAGGUGUGGAUGAGUCACACUCUCAUUCAGAAACAUCCAUCCAAAGCCCAACAUUCCAAAAUCUCCAAACCAAAGUCCAAUUAUCUGUGGCUCAGACAGGUGGCCCACCAGAAGCAAAUGGCUUUCUCCAAUGGAAAGCUGGCCUAGUUGCCAAUAAUCAAACCUGGAGUGUCAUUGACCGGGGCCUUCAGCUGGUGCCCAUUUGGGACAUUAUCCUCUCCAACCACAGAAGUGAUUUCAAGGAUACAUGCCAGGUAGCUAGCUUACUGAAGGAUAGCUACACUGCUCUGACUGGCAUCACUGCCCAGAUCCAGGAUGGAGAAGAAUUACUGAGUGCUGAGGAGGAGGCUGGAGUUUCCCUAGAGGAUGUGAAAUCCUGGGAGGUAUCUGAUCCUGAAGAGCAGCUUCAAAAACUGAUAAAUUUCAUGCAAAUAUUGAGUCAAAAAACAAACAGUUAUGACACUUGGGUUAACAAAUGCCUCACAAAUUUGGGUCUGCAGAAUUUUCUGGUAAAAACUGUUAACUUUUGCAAACAGUCUUCCAUUUAUGAAACUAAGUUUAUUAAAUCUCAGUUGUGCAGCCUUUUGGAUCCUCACAUCCACAGAGUGAAUGACUUCCCUCAGGCUCAUUCCAUCCUGCAGUGGGUCUUCCAGGCAAAGUCAGUGCAAGAACACAUCAACAUCUCCCAAUUUUCUCAAUUAAAUACAAGCUUAAAGAAAAUCAAGAAUGACCUCAUGGAAGCCAUGGUCAUAUCUAAGUCUGAUGAAACAGAAGCUCAAAGAAAGGCCACUUAUGAGGUUAGUUUGUCUCUUCGCUGCUUCUUGAAUUACCUCCAAGAAACAGAGCAGCCAGACACACAGCUCUUGCUACUUUCCAUUGCAGCUGGUGCAGGGUAUCAUGUGGUAAAUAAACAUUUUCAGUAUCUCCUGGGAGUUGGAAAUGGCUUCUCUGCUUCCAAAUCUCAGAUCAUGAACUGUCUUCUCAGUAAACGUAAACAUGAUGUCUUUUUCCACCGACAUUGCAGAGGGAGCACCAAAGACUGUCUCUUGAUGGGGGGAGUGGUGGAAAUCUGCUGGUUCUGUCCUGGAGGUGAUGAUGAGGACAGAUUUGACAACUGUGUGACCUUCACCAAUCUCCAUGGAGAUGCAAAGGAACAUAAGAAGCAACUCACCUUCCUGCAGGAGGUCUCUUCUCUCAUUGUCGUCCUCAUGUCAACUUCUGACGACAAUAAUGAAAACCAAAAAAUUAUUCGUGAUCUGAGUCAGUCACUGAGACCUUUGAUCUAUUUAGUUGAUAACAAAGAGAGAAACAUGGACAAUAAUUCUAGCCAAAAAGUGGUAAUUGGAAUCAGGAACAGAAAUGAAGCAGAAUUAACAGAGGAGCUUGUUUCUACAAUCAGACGCUUAUUGGAGCUCUCAGACACUGCUCUAAGCUUAGAGGACUGUACCCCAAUUGCUCGCAAGCAAGGAUUCCUUAUUGAUGAAGACCAGCAAGACUGCAGGGAAGCCAAAGAAAAGGCAGAGGUCCUAAUGGCUCUAUUGAGAAAAUUAAAGAUAUCUCAGGUAAAGGAAAACUUACUGCCCCUUCAGGGACACCUAUGGCAUUGUUGGUGUAAAAAAGACAAAGAACUCUAUCAUCUAAGAGAAAAAGGGAAUCGAAGCAUUGAACAACAUAAGAGUGAGAUUGAGACAGAAAAACAAAGGAUACGGAAUCAACAGUUGACCAGAGCCUUUCCUCUCAAUGAGUUGAUGCAGUCUGUCCUUGAAAUUCUCCAAAAUCAUUCAGAAACUCAAACCACACACUACUUUUUACAAUGGAUGAGUGUGUUUCUGGACAACCUGACUGCAGGACACUUGGAAAAACUGAGUGAAAAGAAAAACAAUUUGUGGUCACGGAUACAAACAGAAAAGCAAAAGGCACCAAAGAGCACUCACCUCCAAAAAGGCAUAGAAGCUAUCUCUAAAGAGAUUAGUGACUGUACAUUGGGAAUUGAGCAAUUUCUACGUGAAGUUGGACAGAUCUAUGAAGCUCUAGAAGAAACUUACCUCACUAAAAAUACCCUUUAUCUCUCCCUUCCCCAAAUUGCUGCAGAUCUGAUGAUAUCUGGUGCUCCCAUUGAGCUGAUGGAUGGGGAUGCUUCAUAUGUGCCUGUAAAGUGGGUGGCAGCUCUUUUUGACAAGGUCUCUGAGAAACUGGGAAACAAACGGCUAUUUGUUCUCUCUGUCCUUGGCCUACAGAGCUCAGGGAAGUCCACUCUGCUGAAUGCACUUUUUGGGCUGCAGUUCACCGUCAGUGCUGGGAGGUGUACCCGGGGGGCUUACAUGCAGCUCCUGAAGGUAGAGGACACUUUCACAGAGGAACUGGGCUUUGAUUUUGUGCUUGUUGUGGACACAGAAGGCCUUAGGGCCCCAGAACUCAGCAACAAAUCCAAAAAUCGUGACAAUGAGUUGGCAACCUUUGUCAUUGGACUUGGAAACUUGACUCUGAUCAACAUUUUUGGGGAAAAUCCAUCAGAAAUGCAAGAUAUCCUACAAAUAGUUGUUCAGGCAUUUAUGAGGAUGAAACAAGUAAAAAUCUCCCCAAGUUGCCUUUUUGUCCAUCAGAAUGUAGGGGAAGUCACAGCUAAAGACCAAACUAUGGAAGGAAGGAGGCGGUUAGAGCAGAGACUAGAUGAAAUGGCCACAGCAGCAGCUGAGCAAGAACAGUGCUCAGAUGUAACCCGCUUUGGUGAUAUCAUUAAAUUUGAUGUCAAUACUGAUGUCUUCUACUUUGCUCACCUCUGGGAUGGCAAUCCCCCAAUGGCCCCUCCCAAUCCUCGCUACAGCCACAAUGUCCAGGAUCUGAAAAGCAGAAUUCUUAUGGUUGCCAAACAGGAGUCUAGGGGAAGCAUCAUGAAGUUCUCAGAUGUGAAAUUGCGAGUUCAAGAUUUGUGGAGAGCCCUGCUGAGUGAGAACUUUAUCUUCAGGUUCAGGAACACCCAAGAGGUUGUGUCCAUGAGCAAAUUGGAAGACAUGUAUCACUCCUGGACCUGGCAGCUGAGGAGUUACAUGCUAGACUUGCAGAACCAGCUCAUUAACCAGAUUAAAAAUGGGAAAAUCCAGGAACUCAAAGCAAGCACUCUUCAGGCUCCAGUUACAGAAAAAUAUGAAGCCAUCCAGCAAGAACUUGAAAAAUAUUUUAAAGAAGAUCCAGAUAGUGAGAUAAUAAUUCAGUGGAAAGCAAUUUUUGAAACUAAACUAGUAAACCUUAAAGAGUCACUUAUUUUUGAGACUAAAAAAAGAGCCGAGGAACAUAUCUGUUAUAAAAAGAAUCAAGAAAUACUGGAUAACAAAAUGUCAAGUUAUGAAAAGGAAUUAUUGGUAAAAAGUGUAGACUUGGCUUUAACGCUAAAGGACAAAGUAUUGAGUGAGAAUGAGCUUCAUGCCAGAUUCAAUGACCUUUGGAAAAACUGGGUCUCUGGUGUGUCCUCAACCUUCUCUUCAGUCCCAGAGCCUGAAAUUGAAGUGGAUGGUGAAGGUAUCCUUUUGGAACAUUUUAAAAAGGAGACAAAUAUGUCAAAUAGAGUGAAGGAAAAGUCUAGAAAGAAGUUUGAAGUCAAUUGUGAAGAACAUGUCACAAUGAGCAAAAGGUUUGGUUUAUUAACAAGGAGCAUAGAAGUACAUGAUGAAGAGUCCAUAAAGGAGACUACUGACCACAUUAUUUCAAGAUACACUGAAAAUUUUAAAAACCUUCAGAGGCAACAAUGUGAUUAUGACCCAAGUUAUUUCCAUCAAAUCCUGAACAUAAUAGAGGAGGAGGUGAAAUCUGAAGCCACUAAAGACAGAUACACUUUUACAAAUAAGUACAAAAUUGACUUAUCUUUGUAUUUAUUCCAAAGAGCAUAUGAGAAUUUUAAGGAGAUGCAUAGGGCAUUCAAAAAAACAAAUGAUCCUGUAAGUUAUUUGGAAAGCAAGAAAGAUGAUUUCCUCAUGGGUUUUAAGAUCUCUUGUCAAGGAGCAACCUCAGUCAUAGAAUUUGUUGAUUUUCUAUGGCACAAACUCACUCCUGCUGUCCAUGACACGAUUUCAGAAAAAAUGGCCCCUAAAAUUGCUGGGGACAUGAUAGCUACCUGCCCAGCAUUCAGUGGAAACAGGGCUAACCUGGAGAAACACGUUCUAAUCUCGCUGGCAGAAAAAGAAAAUUUUGAUGAUUACUGGAAGUACAUUCAGAAUCCCAAAUCCUUUUUUAAGAAUUACAUUCAAAACCAUACUAAAAUAUAUUGUUCAGAACAAAAUAAUAAAAUAAAGACUUUUUUAGGAAAAAUUAUACAUAGCAUCAAGAAUGCCAUCCUCUCAGCUAUUCAUGAAUCCACAGCAAUAGCCAAAGAUAAAAGCAGCACUGUGUCUGGGUGGUUGGAUUUGUUCUGUGAUCACCUAGGGAAUAACUUGAACUUUCCACGAAAAUACUUGGUGAGCAUUCAACACCAGGAGAUAAAAGAUAUUGAGUUACUCAAAGAAGCCAUGAAUAAAGCUUUGGAUGAGUUAAUGAUUGUAGUAGAAAAGACACGUUUCAGUAUGCCUGAAGAAGACAUGAUUCUUGAAAUCCAGAGCAUGCUCUCUGAACAUCUCUGUGGCUGCUGGAAACAGUGUCCCUUCUGUGGAGCAAUCUGUACAAACACAAUCCCUAACCAUGACGGAGACCACAGUGUUCCUUUCCACCGUCCUAAAGCUGUUGCUGGAGGCCAAUGGGUUAACACAAAUCAUUUUAACAUUGACUGCUGUACUAGUUUGGUAGCAAGUAAUUAUUCUUUUGUUUUAAAUGGUCGUAAUAUCCCAUUUAAGACCUAUCGACAGGCAGGAGGGGAAUUAGCCAAAUGGAGCAUCACCCCAGACACAUCCCCCCAGCCAUACUGGAAAUGGUUUGUCUGUCACUUCAGAUCAAACCUAGAAGAAAAAUAUGAGAAAAAAUUUACAGAUAAAGGUAAAAUCCCGAAUGCAUGGACCAAGAUCACAAAACAAAAUGUGCUUGAUGACUUGAAGAAGUAAUAAUACUCAACUCCUACAAAAGAGUACCAGAAUCUAAA